AUGCCAGAGUCCGUGGUGUUCAAUGUCCUAGCUGUUGUGCAGUUGGCGGUUGGAGCAACAAUCACCGCAUUAGGGCCCUUAGCUAACAAGCAUAUGUUGGCCAUCACUAUUCUAGGGGCUCUGAACACAGUUGUUGCCGGCAUCCUUGCCCUAAUGAAAGGACGUGGUCUACCACAGCGGCUUAGGAAUAAUAUAGCGGAGAUCAGCAAGGUGCUGACAUUCAUUGACAACACGGGUAUUCGACUCAAAUACAGCGAUAACGAUUACCCAAAUAGUGAGGUUAUACGACUUAUUGAUGAAGCGCUCGGCCGGUACAUAACAAUGUGCGAAAUAAUCGAGAGAAAUCAGCCUGAUUCAUACGCUAGCGGAAAUAUGUCUCAGAAUCAGGCAAAUAAUGAAUCUCUCGAAAGAGCGGAUAAGAAGAACAAGAUGUUAGCAAAGGACCGCCAACCGGAUGAAGAGAUGGGCCAUGACCUUUGA